AUGACCGCCCAACGCCAGGCCUCCUCCGCCUCCCAAACGCCCCUCAUCUCCCCAGCAGAACUUUCCUACCUCUACACAUCACUAUCACUCCCCGAUGGCCCCAUCCGCCCCGACGGCCGCUCGCCCACGCAAUUCCGCCCGUUGACGGCAGAAACAGACAUUCUGCCGGGCACCAACGGUAGCGCGCGUGUGGGGUUCGCUGACGGCACGCAAGCCAUUGUGGGAGUGAAAGCGGAGGUGGAAAAGACCGUUGUUGCAGCUGAAGCGCUGAACCUAUCGCAACAGCAAACGCAAGAAGAUUAUGCCGAUAAUGAAGGCGGAGAGGGCCAAAAGACCUCCAGUCAUGGUCAUGGGUCGUGGGUGCAGAUGUCUAUCGAGAUCCCCGGGUUUCGGGAUGAUGAUGCCCUCCCGGUUUUCUUGUCGGAGAUGAUGCGCGAGCCGCUUGUUGAGUCGGUUGCUGGUGCUGGUGAUGGGUUGGGUGGGGAUGAGAUGGCGGGUGGGUUGAAGGGGAGGUUGGUUAUUAAUAAGAGGUGGCAUUGGAGGUUGUAUAUUGAUGUGCUGCUGCUGUCUCAGCCGUUGUCGUAUCCGUUGCCGUUGCUGUCUUUGACGACUCAUUUGGCUCUCUUGUCGACUAAGCUGCCUAAGCUCAAGUCUAAGGGAGAGGAAGAUCCCUUCUUCGAUGAUGAUUGGAAUGCCGCUGAAUAUCUAUACCCCCGCUCGCAGUCGGGGCCUCGUCUUUCUUCUACGAAGCAGGUCCGGCCUCCUGUGACGCUGCUUGUUAUUUCUGUGGGCGAUAAUGUCAUCUUUGAUCCUAACAGAGAGGAGAUUGCCGUUGCGGAUACGGUUCUGGCUGUUUCUGUCACCCAGGAUAGUGACUCGGAUGGCCUGAAACUGCUCUCUAUUCGCACAGUCGACCCCCCGUCUCGUCUUACCCAGCCGGGUGUAUCGAACUCGGAGAACGUGGCGACUCUGGGCUCCACGGCCGCUGCGGAAGAGGCCGCCAUGACGGACCCGUCUACUGGCGAAGAGGUUGCUGGCGUUUGGAGACCCCGACGGGGUGGCGUCAAGCGGCGCACGAUUGCAAAGAUGCUCAAGCUGGUCCUGCAGAAGGGGGGUGUUGGUGAAGAGGUCCUUGAGGGUCUUGAGGGAGUUCAGGUGGGCUGA